AGCAGCAGCAGACACACAACCGCAGAAGCAAGGCAGGCAGACCCCUCCACCACUCCAGCCUACACGCACCCGCAAAACCCCCCUCCUUCGUCACCACCUCACACAGGCACAGCCAUGGCACUCAAGCGUAUCAACAAGGAACUCACAGAUCUCGGGAAAGACCCGCCGAGCUCUUGCUCUGCUGGCCCGAUGUCGGACGACCUGUUUCACUGGCAAGCGACCAUCAUGGGACCCAGUGAUUCUCCUUAUUCCGGUGGCGUCUUCUUCCUCGAAAUCACGUUCCCAACCGACUACCCAUUCAAGCCGCCAAAGGUCAACUUCCGCAGCAAGAUUUACCAUCCCAACAUCAACUCCAAUGGCUCCAUCUGUCUGGACAUUCUCAGAGAUCAAUGGUCACCUGCGCUUACCAUUUCAAAAGUGCUGCUGAGUAUCUGCUCCAUGCUGACCGACCCAAAUCCGGACGAUCCGCUCGUACCAGAGAUUGCGCAUGUCUACAAGACUGACAGGAGUCGCUACGAAGGUACUGCCAAAGAAUGGACGCGCAAGUAUGCUACAUAGCUUUCGUGCUUGCUGCACAACUUUUGUAGUCAUCCCUCGCUUUAUGCUUCUGCU